AUGCAUGGCGAACCGAAGUACGGCCCCGAUUUCCAGCACUUUGAUUACGUAAAUCCACACGCUUCAAAAGGUGGAGUGUUGCGCUCGACAGCAAGAGGUACAUUCGACAGCUUCAACGCCUACAUCCCAAUCGGAAAUCCAACCGGGACCGGUUCGACUGAAACUUUGCUUACUUCCAGCGACGAUGAACCUUUCACAGAAUAUGGAUUGAUUGCCGAGUCUAUUGAAGUUCCAGAAGAUCGUUCCUGGGUGAUUUUCAAUUUACGGCCGGAGGCGCGCUGGCAUGAUGGAAUGCCAAUUACCGCGGAGGAUGUAGCAUGGUCUUUCAAAACACUUACAACCAAAGGCCACCCUCGGUACAGGCACUACUACUCCAGCGUUGAUGGAGUACAGAUUGUCAGCGAACGACGCGUAAAAUUCACAUUUUCAGAAAUUGAAAACAGAGAACUACCUCUGAUUGUGGGGCAAUUGCCAAUUCUACCGAAGCACUAUUGGGAAGAGCGGGACUUCGAGAAAACGACUCUGGAACCGCCCUUGGGAAGCGGCCCUUAUCGAAUCAAGGACUUCGAGCCGGGACGUUAUAUCGUUCUGGAACGGGUUGAAGACUAUUGGGGAGCGGAUUUGCCAGUCAAGCGUGGCCUGCAUAAUUUCGAUAUCCUGCGUACCGACUUCUAUCGCGAUGACACUGCGAUUCGGCUGGCUUUGAAGUCAGGUGAUAUCGAUAUAAGACAGGAGAAUCAGGCAAAAGCGUGGGCAGCUGAUUACGAUGUUCCAGCUGUCGAAAAUGGAUGGUUGAAAAAAGAACUUAUCAAGCAUCAGCUUUCGACUGGCAUGCAGGGUUUCGUUAUGAAUACCAGGAGGGCGCAAUUUUCCGAUCCCAAAGUACGCGAAGCGCUCAGCUAUGCAUUCGACUUUGAGUGGACAAACAAACAGCUCUUCUACGGACAGUAUGAGCGUACAGAAAGUUAUUUUUCGAAUUCAGAGCUGGCUUCAACCGGGCUGCCUGAAGGCGCGGAAUUGGAAAUUCUGAACCGAUACCGUGACCGGUUGCAACUGAAGUGUUCACUGAACCUUACCAAGCCCCGAAAACCGACGGUAGCGGCAGAUCGCGCCAAAAUUUGA